CUCGGGGAAGGAACUGAGGCAGGAGUCGAGGUAUCGAAGAGAGGGGAGCAGGGGGGAGGGGAGCCCAGCCGGCAGAGCCAGGACACCCAGGAGCCCACGCAGGACAGAACCAGAACCAGAACCAGACCCAAGCCCAAGCCCGGAGCAGCGGUGUCAGGCGCCUCAUCAGUCCCGGUCUCGGGUGACACAGACAGGACCCGGAGUCAGGGAGGGGCCCCAGUGGAAGCAGAUCAGAGACCCUCCAGCAGGGCCCCGCACAGGUCAGCCCCCCGGCCCCCCCAGCCCAGCGGGCAGCACCACCACUGGGGGAGCUCCUCCUCCUCCUCCUCCUCUAGGGGGGGCUACAGCCACCAGCGUUACUCCGAUCCCUGGCUCCCUCACUCCCGGACCCCUCAAACCUGUUCCGGGGGGGAGAGGGGCCCUCUUGCCAGCUCCGGCCUCGGUCCCAGCGCUCAGUCCCACACUAACUGGGAGCUGUACCGCCCUGCCAGCGCCUCCCCUGCCUACCUCUGCCACGGACCGCAGAGUGAACACAAGACCUGCAACCUGGAGGCUUGUCCAGGGGGCGCUGUGGACCCGCGAGCAGCGCAGUGCUCCGGGUUCAAUUCCCAGGAGUUCAUGGGCCGGAUGUACGAAUGGGAGCCGUUCCUGGAGGGGGGUGGUUAUCAGCGCUGCGAGCUGAACUGUCGCCCCAUUGGGUUCCGGUUCUAUGUGCGCCACGCUGAGCGGGUCUGGGACGGGACCCCCUGCCAGGGGAACUCCUCAGCGGUGUGCAUCACGGGACGCUGCCUGAGUCCUGGCUGUGAUGGGGUCCUGGGUUCGAACCUCACCCUCGAUAGUUGUGGAGUGUGCGGGGGCGACGGCGCCACCUGCAGGCGAGUGGCGGGAACGUUCCAGAACAGCAGCGUUCCGGUCGGAUACCACCAGUUCCUAAAGAUCCCCCCCGGAGCCACGCGCAUCACCAUCACGGAGAGGGAGAGGAGCCCCAACUACCUGGCUCUCCGGACUGGCAGCGGUCUCUCUGUGAUUAACGGGCGCUGGGCGGUUGACCCCCCUGGUCAGUAUGAGGCGGGGGGGACGCUGUUCCAGUACCGUCGGGGGGAGGGGGGGGGGGAGAUGCUAACCGCCCCGGGACCUACAACCACCGUGCUGCUCGUCUACAUUAUUUUCCACAAGAAGAAUCCGGGGAUCGAUUAUGAGUUCUACCUGCCGGCCGAGAGGAGGAGAGCAGAGGAACCGGAGCGAGAGCAGAGAGAGAGACAGGGAUUCAGUCCGUUGACGCUGGUGUCUCCCCCCGGUCCUCUGCAGACCCCCCUCGUUGCCCCCCCCCUGAGAGAGGCCAGCCCGGCCCCCCUUUCUCGAGGCUCGGCCCGCAACGUCAGGAUCCCCCCCCGCACAGACCUGCCCCCCCAGUCGCUGCCCGACUUCCUGUGGAGGAGGGCGGGGCUUACAGACUGCUCUGCUUCCUGUGGCAAAGGUUUCCAAUUCCCGGUGUUCCAAUGCGUCUCCCGGAAAACCCAGCAGGAAGUGGAGGACAGGAAGUGCGACCCGACCGCAAAGCCCGCCCCCGUGGAAGAGGCCUGCAACGUGCAGCCGUGCCCAGCGUUCUGGGAGGCGGGGGCCUGGUCUGGCUGCAGUCAGUCCUGUGGCCCUGGGGAGCAGCAGAGGCAGGUUCAGUGCAGGCAGGUCUACGGUGCUCACAGCACCAUGGUGCAUCCCCAGCUGUGCAGCAGCCUGCUCAGACCGAACAGCACGCAGCCCUGCCAGCUGCGCGUCUGCAGCCACUGGGAGAUCCGCAGCAACUGGAGCUCCUGCUCUGUGAUGUGUGGUCAGGGUCAGCGCACGCGCUCAGUGCGCUGUGUCAGCACCCACGGCGCCACGGUGAGCGAGGGCGAGUGCAGCGCCGGACUGAGACCCCGCGGAAACGAGGCCUGCAACAUGGGGCCCUGCUUACGCAGCUGGCUCAGCUCCGACUGGAGCAACACUUGCUCGGUGGAGUGUGGGACAGGGGUCCAGCGUCGCUCGGUUGUCUGUCUGGCCAGUCGAGCUGACGGCCCAUCAGAGCAGAGCUGCGGGGGGGCCAGGCCUGCGGAGCUGCGAGCGUGCAGCGGGGGGGCGUGCCAGCCCAGCACGAGGUGGUACACAGGACCCUGGAGCGAGUGCAACGUGGAGUGCGGGAAUGGAACCCAGCGCCGUGACAUCAUCUGCGUCAACAAACUGGGGGCCGAUUUCAACGUGACACCGGCCCGGGACUGCGCGCAUCUGGAAAAGCUGCCCUCCGUGCAGGAGUGCAACGCGGGACCCUGCAGAGCCAAGUGGUACACAACACAGUGGAGUGCGUGUUCCAGGUCCUGUGUGGGCGGAGUCCAGGCGCGGGAGGUACGGUGUCUCACAGAGGACAGAGCUCUGAGCCAGCAGUGUGACCCUGACCUGAAGCCAGCGGAGAAGCAGAGCUGCAACACACAGCCCUGCACUGGAGAGACAGAUGAGAACUGCAGAG